UCUAUACGUCCCAGCUGCGGCGGCAGAGCCAGCGCGCUGCAGAACCCCAGUCCGCGGUCUCAGGCUGGAGGGUCACAUCCUGCUGCAGAGAGCAGUGGAGCGUGGCUUCUCGGCAUCCCGCUCCGCACCGAGGAGCAGAGCCAGCAUCAGACCCGCAGGGAAGGGGGGAAGCGAGAGAACGAGGGAGCGAGAGAGCAGAGUCCUGUGAGAGCCGGCCGGACCGAAGCCCAAGCUUUCAGAGACAAGGGCUCUGCAUCACGUCCUCAGCUCCACGUACCCGGCCCUGCACCGCCUUCCUUGCCGGGCCUGGGCUGGCAUGGGGUAGGGACCACGCAGCGGAGCCGAGAGAUGGGCCGCUCCCUAGGCACAGAGCGGCCCCUUAGGCUCAGAGCGGCCUGACCGUCGGAGACUCUGGGGCCCAGCAGGAGCCCCUAAACUGGCUGGACUGAGCAGAUGAUGACCCAGUGCCCCAGAAUGGAUUCCAUGGGGGCAAUGGCUUCACUGAUUCCACUAACCCCAUAUCUAAGCCCUACAGUCCUACUGUUGGUCAGCUGUGACCUGGGAUUUGUCCGAGCAGAUCGGCCUCCUUCUCCCGUGAAUGUGACUAUCACUCAGCUCAAAGCCAAUUCAGCCACAGUGUCCUGGGAUGUUCCAGAGGGCAACAUUGUCAUUGGCUACGCCAUCUCCCAGCAAAGACAGAAUGGACCUGGACAGCGGGUAAUCCGAGAAGUGAACACCACAACUCGAGCCUGUGCCCUUUGGGGCUUGGCUGAAGACAGCGAUUACACCAUACAGGUCAGGAGUAUUGGUCUUCGGGGGGAGAGCCCCCCUGGGCCUCGGGUCCAUUUUCGCACUCUCAAGGGCUCUGAUCGACUGCCCUCAAACAGUUCAAACCCAGGUGAUAUCACAGUAAAGGGUCUAGAUGGAGAGCGAACCCUACAGACGGGGGAAGUGGUCAUCAUUGUGGUGGUGUUGAUCAUGUGGGCAGCUGUGAUCGGGCUAUUCUGCCGUCAGUAUGACAUCAUCAAGGAUAACGACUCCAACAAUCCCAAGGAGAAGGGAAAAGGGCCAGAGCAGAGUCCUCAAGGUCGGCCAAUGGGGGCCAGACAGAAAAAGUCACCAUCCAUUAACACCAUCGAUGUCUGAAAGAAAGAAAUGGAGCCAAAAAAGAGAGAGAUGGAUUGGGAAUGCUGAUAAAGACUCAGAUGGUCAUCUGCCCAAGAUAGAAGGAUCCUACCCACUUCCUUACAGCUGAACCAGAGGGGAUAACUAGCAUUCCUACACACUCAGACCUGCCUCCUAUUCCCUUUCUCACUGUAAGCAGGGUCUCAAGGGCUUGACAGAAAAAGCUUCCCUAGACCUGGAGAGUGAAUGAAAAGUGGGAGAAGUCCCCAAUGUUCCAGGUCCUGGAAGGAAUGACUUGUCUAACCUUUUUUCAUGAAACCCAAGAAAGCAAACGAUCUACUUCACCUGCAUCAGGACUGUCAACAUCUUUAGCUGCCUCUAAACCCAGCCUCUGUCCCCAGGACUCAAAUGGGGGUCUUUCUGUGGGCUCUGGGCAGGGGGGAGGGGACUGUUGGGGUCCAGGGACCAGAUACCACACUGCACUAAUCUAAUGUCUUCCAUGAAGCCUGAGGAGCUUCAUUGCCUCAUCAGGCAGCCUCCAAGAGCUGCUGGUGAUCACACCCCUUGGGCGUUUUUACAAUAAAGGGUUCUUGGAACAAAAUAA